CGACGCCGUUCCCGUCUAACUUUCCUCUCUGCAACAAAAACCCAGGGUUUCCCAGAGCUCUAGAGAGUAGAGAAAGAGAGCGACUGUUCUAGAAUGAGGUUCAACUUCGACUUGGAGGAAACUAAACCGGAGCCGAGCCGGUCCGCCACCCCCAAAGACGAAGUCGAAUGGGUCCCACUCCACCACCAUCCGGUCUUCGCCUCCACCGCCGCCCCGGCCCACCAGCCCACCGACGAUUCUCCGCCGCUCAGAAACCUCUUAGCCUGGGACGGAGCCUCUCGCCUUUACUUCUGGGACUCCGACGACCUCUGCCUUCACCGGAUCUCCGUCCGCCUCGGCGAGCCUGAGCCGACCUCCGUCUUCGCCGCUUCGCCCUCCAAGAUACUGAAACCAGAUGUGAAGCUGAACUUUGCUGUUAACAAAGUCUCCAUCAAUAGAAACGGGACGGCGAUGCUCCUUUAUGGUUCCGAUGGUCUAUGCAUUAUGUAUCUUUACGGGCGUACUUCGUCCAGAGAUGGUACCACAAUUUGCAGGACUGUUACUGUUGGUUCACAAAUAUACUUGAGUGGAACCAAUGUCAUACGGAUACUGCAAGUUUCAUGGCACCCUUGCAGUGAUACUCAUCUGGGAAUUCUUUCUUCUGAUUCAGUUUUCAGAUUAUUUCAUUUGUCUUCAGAUCUUAUUCAACCAGAGCAGGCGUAUUAUCUACAGCCUGUGCAACCAGGUAGAUCCAGGAAUGCCACAUCAAUUUGCCCAGUGGACUUUUCAUUUGGUGGUGAUCACUUGUGGGACUGUUUUAGUGUUUUCAUUUUGUUCAGCGAUGGUUCAAUUUACAUCCUUUGUCCAAUUGUUCCAUUUGGAAGUGUCUAUAAAUGGGAAUCGAUUGUAGAUAUAUAUAAUGAUGCUCAGACAUUUGGCCUGAAGUCGCCCAACUCAACGGCUGUUAGUAAUUCAAAUCUGGCUAUUUCUUGGUUGGAAGCAACAUUUCCAGAAAUUGCAGGGCAAACAACAGAUGGAGCAGAUCUAUCUGUAAUAAGAGCUCGUCCUUAUGCUUUAUUUGAUGCAUCACUCUCACUGCAGGGACCUUUGAGGAAAGUAUCUCAUGGUGAGGAUGAAGCGGAUUCAGCAUUUCGGGGUGCAGAAUGUGAAGGUCGAGCGGUUAGCUUUCUUUAUAAUUUAGUCAGCAAAGAUUCAAUUCUUGUGACUGCUUGGAGUGGUGGGCAACUGCAAAUAGAUGCUCUGGCUGAUGAAAUUCAACCGGUCUGGAAUGUUGGUUGUCCUCCUCGCCUUCGUGUUGAUUCCCAUGACAAUAUUCAUGGUCUUGCAAUGAUCUGUGAGUCAACCCCAGAUAAGCUUUCAACUGUGAAGCUUGAUCAACCACUUGAUAGUACUCUUUGGUUGGGCCAUCCUCCCCCUCUGUUGAGACUGGCUAUUGUGGAUCUGGCUCUGCCUAAGAAAGCAGGAAGUGAUUCUCUUGUUAUGAUGUUUAUUGAUCCCCUCAUGCUGGAAAGAAUAUACACCCUUCAUGAUGGAGGGAUAGAUUCAAUAGUGUUGCAUUAUCUCCCAUUUACAAGUCAGAACAGUGGCAAGAAUGAGACCAUGAGAACUCCUUCUGUGCAUCCUGUCCUAAGUACUUGCCAGGGAGAAUUCUCCUCACACUCUCCACUUUCUGGUUUUGUGUCAUUAUCAGAUUCAUUUGGGUAUUCAUGGAUAGUGGCAGUCACUGCUUCUCAAGAAUGUAUUGUGCUAGAGAUGAAAACCUUAAACCUGUUGCUUCCUCUUCAUGUUGAUACGGAGAAAAAAUCCAUUCUUCCGGAAGAGCCAAAAGAGAAAGAUAAACCAGAUAUUAUCAUAAGCAAAGAACUCCUAGGUGGACCUAAGGUGGUUCUUGUUCCUCAGACAUCACCAAAUUUGCGUUCUGUUUCUGCUGAUUCAAUUGAAGGUCGAUCAAUGCUUCAUGAAUACUUCAAGCUUUUCCAUGAAAAUUAUGUGGAGUAUGCACACAAGGUUUACUUUGAACUCAAGCAUCAUGGGCCGCACUUGAAGAGGAUAAUCGAUGACCAACAUGGUCGUUUAGGUGGGGCAAAGCAGAGGCUUUUGCAAGUUGAGGAAAAGUACUCGGAUUUGGAACACCGCAUUAAUGCUGCGGUGCAGAUGCAGAAUCAUCUGGAGGAGCGCCUAAAACGCUUGCGGAGCUUACCCGGGGUUCAUAAGAAACCACUUUCCACAGCUGAGCGGGACUUCAAAUCUCAGCUCGACCAGUUUUCCGGGGUUGAGUUGGAUGCAUUACGCUCUACUGUUAAUGCGUUAACUGCAAGGAUGAAAAGACACGGACAAUCACCUAAGGCCAAUGUAUCAAACCAAAAGAAGCUGGUAUCAAGGAGGAAGGAUCCUGUGCAAGAGUCACAAAUCUCCCAGUUGAAAUCGUGCCUAGAGAAAAUAUCACUGGUCAAUGGUGAGAAUUCGAAAAAGGUUAAGAUUGUGGAAUCUGCAUUAAGAAGUCAAGAAAGCAGCAUAUGAUGAGACCAAUUUUGCUUCCAAAUCUGCGGUUAAACUACGGAGUCCCAAAUCCCAGUUUUGAAAUGCCAGUCAGAGUACAAGUUGAACAGAAGCUCAACAAAUUGAAGCUUGGAUCCACCAGCCGCUGUAGUUAUUCUAGCCUGGUAGUGGUGGCAGAUGCUCUGAUAAAGAUAAGAGGACUUAUUCUGUAUGAAGGCUCUGUAGUAGUGGUGUAGGGUAUUUCACUAUUUUGACUUGGGACGGGGGAGAAGCUCUUUAUAUUUGUUCUACUACUGAAUACUGAUUACUUCUGUUACUGAUAUGAGAAAUGUGGUAACAUCUCUAAACAGAGUUGAUAUGUUGACACGGGUCCUUGAAGCAUUUGGCUUCUUAUUUUUUCA